GAGCAUCCACCAGGUGUGCUUCUUUUUCAGUCCAUCAUAAAAUAACGUGUCAGGUUUGGUUUUCACCGGUUUUCACGUGGGGAGCUGCCCUACUUUUUGAUUGGAGGACGAAUUGCCACGUGCAAGUUUUUCUUACUACAUGCUCCAUGCACGAGCAGUUCUGAGUACCUGACAGGUUCGCUCUACGUGGCUCUUUGGGAACUUAAAGGUUUGACGCUGCUGCGCCGUGACGUUUGAAUGUGUUAAACGCCUCGUCAGCAAACACGAUGGCCCUAAGCUCGUUUGACAUUGAUGCGCCACGAUGGGACCAGUCCACCUUCAUGGGCCGACUGAAACACUUCUUCAACAUCACCGACUGCCGAACAGCAGUCCUACCCGACUCGCGGCUGGACGAAGCCAAAGUUCUGGUGGAGAGCUGGAGAGCAGGAUCCGCCCCCCCGGGCACCACGGAGGAGCAGCUUCACUACGCAAAGAAGCUGUACGACUCCGCCUUCCACCCGGACACCGGGGACCGCAUGAACCUCAUCGGCCGCAUGUCAUUCCAGGUCCCCGGGGGCAUGGCCAUCACCGGUUUCAUGCUGCAGUUCUACAGAACGGUUCCUGCCGUGGUGUUCUGGCAGUGGGUCAAUCAGUCCUUCAACGCUCUGGUCAACUACACCAACCGCAACGCUGCCUCCCCCAUCACCCCAAAGCAGAUUGGAGUGGCCUACGUCACAGCAACCAGCACAGCUUUAGCAACAGCCGUUGGACUUAACCUCUACACAAAGAAAGCUCCACCUCUGGUGGCCCGCUGGGUGCCUUUUGUAGCUGUGGCAGCAGCUAACUGUGUUAACAUUCCCAUGAUGAGGCAGCAGGAAAUCUUGAACGGGAUUGCUGUGACAGAUGAAAACGGCAACAAACUGGGCCACUCUAAGAAAGCUGCUGUGAAAGGCAUCACUCAGGUGGUGGUCUCUCGGAUCACCAUGGCCGCUCCAGGAAUGAUUAUCCUUCCAAUAAUCAUGCAACGACUGGAAAAAUACAAGUUCAUGAAGAGAAUCACGUUUCUCCAUGGACCAAUUCAAGUAAUGAUGGUGGGAGUGUUUUUGAUCUUCAUGGUACCUGCUGCGUGCUCGCUGUUCCCUCAGAGAUGCUCCUUGGCUGUGUCAAAGCUGGAGCCCGAGCUGAGAGACUCCAUCAUGUCUCAGUAUGGAGACAGCAUACAAAAGGUUUACUUCAACAAAGGCCUCUGAGGCCAAGAAGCCUGCGUAGCGUUUUCUACGUGGCACUCAAGACCGGACACACAUGUGUUUAUGGAGGCCUUCUUCAUUUUUUUAUUAGUCAGGAGAAAUUGCUAGUUUUCUUAAUUCUUUUCCACUUAUUACCUUUUAAGAGCUUUUGAUCAGCUGAUGUCAUUUAGUUCUGGCUGUGCUUUUUUCUUUUUCAUGAAUUCUUAGUGUAAAACAUUAGAGACGCUCUGUGAUCAUGUCCAAAAAACCAAAUGAUCUCUUCUCAGGAACAGUGCGUUGCUUUGUCUGGUCCAGUCUGUCUGGUCAUCUUUUCACGAUGUAACUCGUGUGUAGUUACUCUCAUCGGCUCUCAGUUGGAAAUGCUCCGUCAGCCUUUAACUGGGGCAGCGGCACAGCUGGACCUUUGGCUCUGUGUUUUUUCUUGCUUAUCUGUAAAAUGUCCAGUCACGGAGUGUGGUGGAGGCUACUGCCCUCUACUGCCAGAAAGAGGCAUUUUCUGGCUGGAUCUUUUCAAUUUGUACACUGAACUCAACAUACAGUAGAAUAAAACAAUUCAAAUCUGUA